UACAGUAUCUGUUGUGUGGUUCUUGUUUUUUUGUUUGCUUUUAGCUGAUAUAAUGGUAGUACAAACUCAGCUUCUUUCUGCUGAUAUUAUUUUUGGCGGUGCUGUUUAGUCUUUCCUCAGAUAUCUAAUGCUUCUUUGUUAAAAAUAGCUAGGUUUUGUGCUUUUUUAAGGAAAGAUAACUGAUAUCACAGAAUUUUGUGGGAUUGAUGAUUUGAACUAUUUGUGUUGUAAAAAUGAGUUCUUGAUUCAACAUGGCUAUGUUGGAAUCAUACAGGAGUUUAUGAGCUCCAUUCGAAAUUUAAUAUUUGUACAUAUUUAGUAAAAGGGUGUGGUAGGAGUAUGAAAAUUUCACAGUUUCUUGAUUUUUGUGGGUUUGAGUAUUGAGCUACAUGCAAUUAUACGUGGAUAAAAAAUGGAGGGUUCAUCUCAGUCUGGUAGGGAGAGGUCUGAAAAUUCAAGGGGUUUGAAUUCUUCAGGUGUUGUGGAUAGGAAUUCAAGAUUGUGUUAUGAUUCUGGAUUUUCUGAUGUGAAUUGUCUUAAAGAUCAACAAGACAGGAGAACAAUAGGUAAUAAUAGUAGUAGUAGUAAAGAUGUUAGUUUGAGACAUUGGUUGGAUAAUCCAGAGAGAAAUGUUGAUGUUCUUGAAUGUUUGCACAUAUUUACUCAAAUUGUAGAGAUUGUAAACUUGGCACAUACUCAGGGGAUAGUUGUUCAUAAUGUGAGACCAUCAUGUUUUGUCAUGUCUUCUUUCAACCGUGUUGCUUUUAUUGAAUCUGCAUCCUGCUCCGAUUCGGGGUCCGAUUCGUGUGAAGAUGGACUAAAUAGUUCAUCUUCACCUUUGCCUAUUGAAUCUGGCAUAGUAUCUGAUAGCAGUUGUUUGCAGUCAAGUUCAGGUCAUAUGGUGCAGACUUUGGAAGCUAAUAAGAACAGACAAGUUGAAGAAAAGAAGCAUACUUUUCCAAUGAAACAGAUAUUGCACUUGGAAACUAAUUGGUAUAAUAGUCCAGAAGAGGUUGAUGGUGCUCCUGGCACUUGUGCUUCGGACAUUUAUCGACUCGGAGUCCUUCUCUUUGAGCUAUUUUGUACCUUCAACUCAUCGGAUGAGAAAAUUGCAACUAUGUCGUGUUUAAGACAUCGUGUCCUACCCCCACAAUUGUUGUUGAAAUGGCCUAAAGAAGCUUCAUUUUGCUUAUGGUUAUUACAUCCGGAACCAAGUAGUCGGCCAAAAAUGGGCGAGUUGCUAGAAAGUGAAUUCCUUAGAACUCCAAGACAUGACUUAGAAGAACGUGAAGCAGCAAUAGAGCUUAGAGAAAAAAUAGAUGAGCAGGAAUUAUUGCUGGAGUUCCUUUUGCUAAUCCAACAGAGAAAGCAGGAAGCUGUAGAAAAUUUGCAAGAAAUUGUUUCUUUUGUAUCGUCUGAUAUAGAAGAGGCGUUUAAGAUGCAGACAACCCUUAAGAUAAAAGGAGGCUCAAGCUUAGAACCAGCUAAGCGCUUAAAUCCGCGGAGGACAGAUAUUACUGAAGAUGAUGAUUCCGAGAGCUCUGGAUCUAGAAAGAGAUUUAGGCUUGGCACAGGAGAGGAAUCCGAUGGUCAUCAAGAUGAAAGCCAGAAACCCGAAAGGCAAAUUGAAUAUAAAGGCAGCAUUUUAGCAAAAAGUUCCCGUUUGAUGAAGAACUUCAGAAAAUUGGAGACAGCUUAUUUCAUGACAAGGCGCAGGGUUGUUAAAACAAUGGACAAAUCUACGAGUAGACGUUGUCAAACAAGUACGGAAUGUAGAAGUUCCGGCACAGCUACUGAAAGGAGUUCUCUGAGUAAUUUGUCAUCAAAAAGAGGGUGUAAGGAGGAUGGACAGAGUGGAUUUAUCAAUUCGUACUUAGAGGGUCUGUGCAAGUAUUUUUCUUUUAGCAAGUUAGAAGUGAAGGCAGAUUUAAGGCAAGGGGAUCUUCUGAACUCUUCCAAUCUUGUAUGUUCUCUCGGUUUUGAUCGUGAUGGUGAAUUUUUUGCAACUGCCGGCGUAAAUAAGAAGAUCAAAGUUUUUGAAUAUAACUCAAUUCUAAAUGCGGAUCGUGAUAUACACUAUCCAGUCGCUGAAAUGGCUAAUAGAUCAAAGUUAAGCAGUAUAUGUUGGAAUGGCUAUAUCAAGAGCCAGCUCGCCUCAAGUAACUUUGAAGGUGUGGUGCAGGUAUGGGAUGUCACAAGAAGUCAGCUUUUCAUGGAGAUGAGAGAGCACGAGAAACGCGUUUGGUCUGUUGACUUUUCCGUAGCAGAUCCAACCAUGUUGGCGAGUGGGAGCGAUGACGGUUCUGUUAAGCUUUGGAAUAUCAAUCAGGGAGUAAGUGUUGGAACCAUAAAAACAAAAGCUAACGUCUGCUGUGUUCAGUUCCCCGUUGAUUCUGGACGGGCCCUUGCUUUUGGUUCAGCAGAUCAUAAGAUAUAUUACUAUGAUCUACGAAACUCCAAAUUGCCGCUAUGCACAUUAGUUGGGCACAACAAGACAGUGAGCUAUGUCAAGUUCAUAGAUUCAACAACUCUUGUGUCUGCAUCUACAGAUAAUACGAUAAAGCUGUGGGAUCUGUCAUCGUGCACGUCUCGUGUUCUUGAUUCUCCUCUUCAGUCUUAUACUGGUCAUAUGAAUGUAAAGAACUUCGUUGGCCUAUCUGUAGCUGAUGGUUACAUAGCAACUGGCUCAGAGACAAAUGAGGUAUCAUUUAUUACCACAAAGUUGAAUCUUUACUUGCGUACUUGAGUGCAUUAUAAAUGAGUUUUGAGCAAUAUUUACAUUGUAAUAGAAAAUGUUUGUUCACAUCUAUAUAUAUAAGGAUAAAUAGUCUGACUAAUACUGGAUCUUUGAGCAUCAUAUCUAAGGCAGAUACAUGAGGCUGCAGUUUGUGUUUAAAAUUCAAGUUACUUUUAAACAUAGUGGUGAAGUUGCUGAAUGCAGUCCAUAAAUAAAUUAAAUAAAUGACAUACAGCAAUGAUAUUGUAUUUCAGCGUAAUACACUUGCUUUCUGUACAUUUAUAACAUACUAUCUUGGUUCACAAUGACCAUUUCCCUGUUACAUACACACUAAAAUCAAUCAGCCAAUUAACUAUGCCUCCCUCACAAACAAGUUGGGGUCGGCCAUAUGAAUCAUCUACACAUAUUCUGCUCAAUUCGGACAUUUCAUUUCAAUACCGAAUCUUUAGAAGCAAAAAUAGGGGUUCUACUAGAGAUCUCUAAUCUCAAAAAUAUACUUGUGCUCAUUUUGGCGCGGAGGAAUAAACUUUUUUUAGAAUUGCCGAUUUAUUCAAAAGAGUUCAUUUUUGUUAUGAUAGCUGAGUUGUUGAAAAGAGUCCACUUCAUGUAUAGCUCAACUUCAUUGUAAUUUCGGUUAUGCUUCACACGGAGAUUCAAUUGGUGAAGAAUUUCCAGGAGAUUAUCUAAAUGAUUCCAUUUAAGUUGUGUCAUCUUGUAAAGUGUCGAUUGCUUGGAAUUAGUCCAAGACCUGGUGAUAUAGCCCUAGUGGAUAUCAGGGCUGCAUAUAUUCCGCAUCCGUGACUUUUGGGUGCAUCUUAUUUUUAUCUAUAAUUGCUCAGAAAAGUCAUUUAAAAGGAAAGCCUAUCUCUAUAGUUAAUACAUGCAAACCUCCUCGUUUUUUCCGAACAUUUUUUGGAUGCUAUAGUGUUGUGCUGUUAUAGAGAACAUACGUACAACAUAACAUGAAAAAUUGGUUACAUAGGAAACUUGGCCAUUAUAGUGAAGUGAUGUUUGUUGCUCCCAAACGCACACGCAAGUAUACGUGGUGACAAGUAAUAUAAUGAUAAAUUGAGUGUCGAACCCACAGAGACUUGUAUAAACUACUCACUAAAUCACUAAAAUUGUGAUUCAAUCAAGCUAAAAUCAAAGUCCAAUAAUAUGAUUAUAUUAUACUACGAUUCUAAAUAAUAACUAAAUUAUCAAGUAACGAGUUGAUUGUUGUGUAUUCAGUAGAGACAAGUAU